UAUGGCCGCCCCCUUAGAUAAUCUUUUUGUACGAGAAAUUGAGAGAAAUGAUGGUAAAACAUUGAAAAUAAACCAGUCGGAGAUUGGUGAUGUUGGUUGUGUGGUUUGGGAUGCAGCUCUGGUGCUCACAAAAUAUUUAGAAACUAAUGAUUUUCAACGAGGGACAGCGUGGAAGGGAAAACGUGUCGUGGAGUUGGGAGCUGGCACUGGAGUUGUCGGCCUUUAUGCCGCGAGCUUGGGAGCAACCGUAACGAUAACAGAUUUACCCGAGUUGAUUCCUCUCAUUCAGCGCAACAUUGACGACAAUGUGAAAGUCGUAACAGGAAGUGCAACAACGGAACCUCUAACGUGGGGCAGCGACACUUGUAACCAGAGUUGUAGAAAUCCGGAUUAUAUUUUCCUAGCCGACUGUAUUUAUUAUGAAGAGUCGCUGAACCCGCUGAUGUCGACGAUGUGUGACCUGUGUGGUCCCAGGACUGUUGUACUGUGCUGCUAUGAACAGAGAGAUACAGAGAUCAAGAAAGUGUUGGAAGCUCAGUUUUUUAAUCUUGUGAGGGAAUCAUUUGUAAUUGAAGAAGUUCCACUGGAGAGACAGGAUCCACAGUUCUGCAGUGAUGACAUCCACAUCCUGAAGUUUAUCAGAAAAUCAGAAUCUGACGUCACUUGAGACACUGCCCAUGAAAGAACUGCAGUAAAACCAGUCGCACUGGGUGAAGAUGACCAUGGCCAGAUUUUGACCUUGGGGGGCCUGGGGCACUUCAGGUUGGGGGGCCCCUCAACAUGGAAAUUAAAAUACAUGACAAAUAAAAAAAAAGCAUUUUUUAAAUAAUGAUCACCUUUUUUUAAUAAAGGAAGCCCUUAGUUGGUGGGGGGUGGGGGGGGGGGGGGCUGGGGCAAUUGCCCCCUUAUAAAUCUGGCACUGAAGAUGGCAGGGCAGAAACUAGGUCAUUCCUACUUCCUUCCCAGGAUACUGGUUAUACCUAGUUUCACCCAGAAAGUAAAAAUAUUAAGGCUAGCUAUGAUUCAUGCCAUGAUUGUCCUCUCCCCUCCAAACUGGCCUCGGUGGCGUUAUGGUUAGGCCAUCGGUCUACAGGCUGGUAGGUACUGGGUUCGGAUCCCAGUCAAGACAUGGGAUUUUUAAUCCAGAUACCGACUCCAAACCCUGAGUGAGUGCUCU